AUAUAUGUGCGGCACUACAUACCCGGACUAUCACUACUAGAAAGAUGUUCAGAUUCAGACCGCGAUAUACAUACAUACCUAUACAGUUAAAUGUUCAAUUAAUUUAACGCUUAUUAUUGAUGCUGUGAUUCUUUAUAAAGUUGACCUUUGACUGCGAAUAUGGAUUCGAGUACCAUUGAAAUCUCACCAGUUCCAUUUGAUCCCGAAUUAGAAACGGCGAAAGGCAAAAUGAAGAGGAUUAUUACUGCAGCAUUUGGCGAAAUUAUGGUGGGGCCUAAACAUGUUAUGUUCACGAAACCAUACGCUGAAUGGGCCGAUAAAAUUCUCAAUAUGGAUGUUCGUGAAGAUGACGUAUGGAUUAUUUCAGUUCCUAGAAGUGGAAGUACAUGGACCCAAGAAAUGGUUUGGUUACUAUGCAAUAAUUUAAAUUACGUUGCUGCUAAAGAAAAAGAUCUUCAUAAACGGUUCAUGUUUUUAGAAUUAGCUGCUAUUACGGGACAAUCACGAUUUGGUAAAGAGUUUUGGACAGUCGAUAAAGUGGCCAAUGCCGAAUCACCAAGAUUUAUAAAAACUCACAUACCGUUUGAAUUAUUACCUAGGAAGUUGUGGACUGUAAAACCCAAGAUGAUUUAUGUUUACCGUAAUCCGAAAGAUGUGGUCAUCUCCCAAUACCAUUUCUACAGUAUGAUCGAUGGAUACGAUGGAACAUUUGAAGAAUUUGCAGAGAUAUUCAUUCGAGAUAAAUGUGUUUAUACUCCAUAUUGGCCACACGUUCUUGAUUUUUGGAGAUUUCAGAAAACUCACAAUGUGUUAUUUUUAACAUACGAAAAGAUGAAAGAAGAUUUAUUAUCAGUGGUGCAUAAAGUAACAGAUUACUUAGAAACUAGCUUAACUUCGGAGCAAGCUAUGGAUCUGGCAGAGCAUUUGGAUUACAAAAAUAUGAAAAAUAACUCAGCAGUUAAUAAAGAAGAACAAUUGACCCGGUUUGGAAUCAUUGAUAAACGAGAGGAUGCCAAUUUUAUUAGGAAAGGUUACAGUGGACAAUGGAAGGAAAAAAUGACACCAGAAAUGAUUGCCAGAUUCGAUAAAUGGUCAAAAAAAUACAUCGCUGGGACUGAUUUUGAAUUCUAUGAGUAUCAAUGACUCAAUGAGUAUUGAUAAUUGAAAAAACAUUAUGUAUGUACCUACUUACUUUGUUGUAAAAAAAUAUAUUGACUUAUUUUA